AUGGCGACCGGCAUCGUCAACCAAGGUUUUGAACACGAGAACACCGAGAGACUUCACUCCAACGCCUACCGCAGUAUCGAGGGUGAUGUGGACUCCGUCGAGGGCAGUGGAAGUUCAGCGCUAAAUAAACAUUGUAGUGUCGGAGAGAGAAAUGAAAAAUGUCGAGAAGCGAUAAACGAUUUCGACAAGGACUUUUAUAAUCUGAAUGGGAGCUCGGAGAUCAGUAAGAGUCAGUAUUCUCUGGUGUCUUCCGGAGACCUGACUGCUGGAGCAGUGCAGCUAUGGUUGGGAUUACCGGAAGAAGUGAAAUAUGACCCUGCACUGGCUGCGUUCCGGCGCUACUAUGAAAGUGAAUAUGAAAACGUUGAGGAGAUAACGCUGAAACCGAGGAACUCCCUCCCAAGGUUACGAUUACCGACCGUCAAAUCGGCGCCGCAUCUCAACAACAACGUUCUGCCUAAUCUCAAAGAUGAAGCCACCAACGGCUUCAAGAUUUCGGCAUACGAUGAGAAGAAUCAAGAGAAAAUACAAGAAGAGGAAACGAACAUGCGCAAGACGAGCACUUCCGCCUACGUAAAGCACUUGAUAAAAAUCUCUAUACUCCUGGCCUGCUGGAUGUUCUUCACGAUCGUCUUCAUGAUGUACAAUGAAAAGGUGGAAGUGUUCAUGAGCUCGUCCGUGGCUCCGGGAGAGGUCAAGAGCUACAUCAUAGACUUAAAAGAGGACAAGCUAUCAUUGUCCUUAAGCCUUUCUGGGCCGUUCCUCUCGGAGCAGUGGCAGGCCAAGUUGAAUUCCACGGAGGGAGUAAAGAAGAUGGAGGUUUGGGUGGAAAGGCUGCCCGCUGAUGACAGCAGAGGAGUAUCGAUUGAGAUAUCAAAGACAUGGGAAAUAGUAUUGCUAGAGAAUGAAACGGAUUUCUUUGAGGGCGAACUGAGGUCGAACGUUCUAGAAUUGAAGACGCUGAACGCAACCAAUAAUGGGUCUUACGCUGUCGCGAUAAGAACUAACGCGAACGAGACGAUACCGUUCCAAAUGAGCUACAAGAUUGAGCCGCUGGAUCAGACUUCGGGAGUGAUUUACGCUUCAAUUUUACUGCUGGGGUUGUAUGUUCUGAUAAUAUUUGAGAUCAUAAACCGAACCAUGGCAGCAGUUAUCCUGUCAACAACGGCUUUGGCCGUCCUCUCGUUACUAGGCGAAAGGCCUUCCUUGCCAGAAUUGAUCUCGUGGCUGGAUAUGGAGACGUUGCUGCUGCUCUUUAGCAUGAUGCUGCUUGUAGCGAUCAUGGCUGAGACGGGACUGUUCGACUAUCUCGCCGUUUACACGUUUGAGGUUACAAGAGGGAAGAUCUGGCCCCUGAUCUCCGUUCUGUGCGGAAUAACGGCGAUGCUAUCAACAUUUUUAGACAACGUUACAACUGUAUUACUAAUGACACCGGUCACAAUAAGGUUAUGUGAAGUGAUGGAUAUGGAUCCUAUACCUGUACUGAUGUCCAUGGUCAUAUACAGUAAUAUUGGUGGGACCGCUACUCCUGUAGGCGACCCGCCCAACGUUAUAAUAGCUUCGAAUAAAGCUGUUAGUCAAGCUGGGAUAAACUUCACGAAUUUCACAUUGCACAUGGCACUAGGAAUCGUCUUCGUGUGUCUGCAGACCUACGUUCAAUUGAGAUUCAUUUAUCGAGACACGAAUAGGCUACGUUUAAAUGAACCAAGAGAGAUACAAGAUCUUCGCCAGCAAAUCUCGAUAUGGCGUCGCGCCGCCGACUCUCUCCCGCAUCUCAGUAGAGACGAACAGGUGGUCAGAGAGAGACUGGACAAGAAGAUACGCAAAUUGACUUCCCAGUUGGAGCUUUUCGUUAAGGAGAGUAAAAAGAGAGCCUGCCCUAAGACCACAUUCAGGAGCACCUUGGCCGAGAUGAAAGAGAAGUACAAGAUUCGCAAUAAGCCGUUAUUGGCGAAAUCUUCAGUGGCCAUCGGUUUCGUCGUGCUUGUGUUCUUCUUGCACUCCAUACCCGAAUUCAACCGCGUGUCCCUGGGUUGGACGGCGUUGCUGGGCGCAAUCCUGCUGCUGAUCCUGGCGGACCGCGAGGACCUGGAGCCGGUGCUGCACCGAGUCGAGUGGUCCACACUACUGUUCUUCGCGGCACUCUUUGUUUUUAUGGAGGCCCUCUCGAAGUUGGGGCUCUUCGUUUUCAUUGGAGGCCUCACGGAGUCCAUCAUUCUCAAGGUGGACGAAAGUGCUAGACUGGCCGUGGCGAUACUGCUUAUUUUGUGGGUGUCAGGUUUGACGUCGGCCUUCGUAGACAACAUCCCGCUGACGACCAUGAUGAUCAGAGUGGUGACCUCGCUCGGGUCGAACCCGAACCUCAAUCUUCCGAUGCAACCGCUGAUCUGGGCACUUUGCUACGGAGCUUGUCUGGGAGGUAACGGUACCCUGAUAGGCGCGAGCGCCAACGUGGUCUGCGCUGGCGUGGCUGAGCAACACGGAUACAAGUUCACCUUCAUGAACUUCUUCAAAAUAGGCUUCCCGAUCAUGAUAGGCCACUUGGUCGUAGCCUCACUGUACCUGAUUAUAUGCCACUGCGUUUUUGCCUGGCAUUGAUCUCUGACCGUAUUAGGACUUAACUGCUGGAAGCGGAUUUAAAGACUCACUUCCAGGUCAUCCGUCCGCAAAUGUUACCCCACCUUAGUUAUUAACUUAGUAUUCUGUAUAGUAUUAAGGUCCAAGGCUCGCAAAAGCCGAGCGGUAAGAUCAAAGAGAUGUGUGUAAAUAAGCAGUAAUGUACUGCGAAAUCAUUAGGGAUUAAUGGAAACUGACCUCCUUACUUUUGCGUGCUCACUAUGUCGAGUAGGGAUAAAGAGCAGACUGCACAUGUGCAAGUAUCCGUCGUAAACCGACAGAGAAGGGGGCGCCACUGUUGCGUGCGGUAUAAUCAAAGAUGGCGUCAAAAGUAAUUACAUCUAAUCAUUCAUUUCGGCUCAAAACUGCUGCAUUCAAAACAAACUACUUAGUUCGCUCCCUAAAGCCGGACACUAUUUCAACUUUUUCUUCUUCUACCCUCCAUAUGGAGGUAUUCUUAAUUUGUAAGAUUAAAAACAAAUGUAGGGUAGAUUCAUAAGCCCCUAACAAGGCUUUCUUUUAUCGCGAUUUAUAUUUAAUUUUAACAUUGCCGUCGUUACUUAAGGUAUAUUAUAAAAUAGAAAGAAGAAGAGAAAUUUGAUAUCAUUAACUAUUGUUAAUAAACUACUGAAAACUUAUAAUACUUUUUGCGUAUUUAUUAUUCAUCAUCUCACCCAAUAAGCCUGUUACAAAUCAUUCUGUCUCUUUUACUCUAAUCAUAUUUGUGCUACGUACAAAAGAGACACAGUACUUUGCAAAAUUUACUGUGGUUUUGUCUUGGAUGAAAUUUUCCAUAAUACAUAUUAUUGCUAAACUUAGCUUUUAAGAGAUAACAGUUCUUGCCAGAACUUCCGAAAGUAUUUUUACGAUAUUAAUAAAUAUUUCUCUGUACAUGAAUAGUUUAAGAGCUUAAUUAAAUUAUAAUAUUAAAACACAUAAAUAAAGAGAGUAUAGCGCUGAUAACUGAUCUAGUAAAAAAACCUGACACUGGAUCUCCAGUCCAAAGUACUUUAAGAAUCUCCUAGAUUGGAGAAUGAUUUUCUGUAUGUGAUUUAGAUAGAUAGACUAGUUAGAUACUUAGAUUUAUAAUUCAUGAAAGGAUAUUUGGUUUAAGCGUCAUUUCGCUUAAUACGGGACAUUUAUCUUUGUAAUUAAAGGUGCGUUAUUUGUUUUUGACGUUUUUAAUUGUUUAAU